UAUUUGUUUAAAUAUUAUGCUGAAUAACAAUUUAUCGUGCUUAAAGAGUUGCAUUGGUGACCUAUCGCUGAGCCGCCACCAUUUGCUGUCAGCUGUCAAGAAAAUCGCAUCUCCAAGGCCAAAUGACCGGUUCAACGGUACACAAAUAUUGAUUUGCAAUAAUUGCAAUUUAGAUUAGUUAUUUAGCACGUAGAUAUGGAUUUCACAGACUUUGAGGUGCGCAAGUGCCCGCCAACAGUCAUGUACAUUCCAAAUUUCAUUACCUCCGAUCAGGAGAGUUCCAUACUAAGUCACAUAGAGAGGACACCGAAGCCCCGUUGGACACAGUUGCUCAAUCGUCGGUUAGUGAACUAUGGUGGUGUUCCCCACCCAAACGGCAUGAUAGCCGAAGAAAUACCCGAAUGGCUCCAGAGCUAUGUGGAUAAAGUCAACAAUUUGGGAAUCUUUGAGUCGCAGAAGGCCAACCAUGUACUUGUCAAUGAAUACCUGCCUGGCCAAGGCAUCCUUCCACACACCGACGGACCGCUUUUCUAUCCAAUCAUAUCGACCAUUUCAUGUGGAGCACACACGGUGCUGGAGUUCACCAAGCGCGAGACUACGGGCGAGGCCAACGGUGUGGUAAUCUUCAAGCUGUUACUGGAGCCGCGCAGUUUGCUCAUCUUAAAGGAUACGCUCUAUAGUGAUUAUAUGCAUGCGAUUAGUGAGAUAAACGAGGAUACGCUAUGCGACCGCAUUUGCAAUUAUAAUCUCUGCGAAAAUACGUAUAAGAUCGGGGAUCAUCUAGUGCGGCGAGCUGCUCGCAUUUCCUUGACUAUACGAAAUGUUCCAAAGACCAGCAAAAUGAAACUGAAAUUCUGCUAGACUGUUAAAGCAUUGUAGUUGCCACAAAGUUGUUAACCACCCACUGAAGUCAGCCCACAAGUUGCCCAGGCGCAAAAAGUAAUCUUAACUAAAAGUUAUAUAUACAUUAUGUACGAUAAUCUUUAAAUCUUCCGCUAGACUUAUAAGAAAGAGCACAGAGCAAUGUUUCAUAAUAUUUUCUAAUAGCCCACCAAGUGCUUUAAUUUCGAUA